AUGACGCAGUCAAUAGUCGUACAAGUGGGCCAGUGCGGGAAUCAGAUCGGAUGUCGUUUCUGGGACCUAGCGCUCCGCGAACACACGCUGCUCGAAGAUCGAAGUGACACCGACAUGUCAGCAUGGAAUUUUUUUCGCAUGGAAGAGAAUGGCAAAGAUGAGCUGAGAGCCAGGGUGGUGAUGGUAGACACGGAAGAACUUGUGAUUAACUCUAUCCGGCGAACGCCUCUUGGGGGCAUGCUGAGCAAACAUCAGUUUGUGACAGACGUCUCUGGCUCUGGAAACAACUGGGCUGUUGGCUUUCACGAGUAUGGCGCAAAAUAUCGAGGAAAAAUCACAGAAUACCUAAGGAAGGAAGCCGAACAUUGUAGUUCUCUACAGACAUUUUUCCUUCUUCACUCGUUGGGAGGUGGUACUGGUUCUGGCUUGGGAACUGCUGUUCUGGAAAUGCUAAGCGAAGAAUUUCCUAAGGUGCUGAGAUUCUGCGCACCGGUGAUCCCCUCUGCUGUGGACGAUGUUGUGACGUCACCAUAUAACACAGUACUUGCUCUCGAGAAGAUUUCAAGUCUCGCGAAUAUUUCCUGUCCGGCCGAAAAUAUUGCACUGAUUGGUAUCUGUGAUCGUGUUGCCAAGGCUGCAGCGAGCUUUAAGCAGACUAUCGCAAGUAGUGCCAGUGGCAUGCUGGGACAGAAAGUGACACCUUACGAUAAAAUGAAUGACAUUGUGGCGAACGUCUUGAUCCAUAUAACAAGUUCGGCACGCUUUCCGGGCUCCUUCAAUGUGGACAUGAACGACGUUUUCACCAAUCUGGUACCCUAUCCCAAGCUGCAAUUCCUGGUGUCCAGCAUCACACCCCUCCACACACUUUUUGAUUUGAACCUUCCAGCUCGCAGACUGGACCAGAUGUUCACGGAUUCCCUUAGUCCGAACCACCAGCUAGUGGAGUGUGAUAUCAAGAAAGGAACUAUGCUAUCAUGUGCCCUUCUGGCAAGAGGAGACAUCUGCAUGGCUGACAUGCGCAGGAACCUUGACAGAUUGCGAGGAAGCCUCAAAUUUGUCCACUGGAACCAGGAUGGCUGGAGGACAGGCCUGUGCUCAGUAGCGCCAGUGCGCCAACCACAUUCCCUGCUGACUCUUUGCAACACCAGCUCCUUCCAACGUGUUCUGUGCCGACUGAAGUCUGGAUUUCUCAAACUGUACAAUCGCAAGGCGCACAUGCACCACUUUCUCCAAGUGUCUUCCAUGGAGGAAUCUCACUUUCAAGAUGCACUGGCAAGCUUAACCGAGCUUUCAACCUUGUACCAGUCUAUGGAAGGCAGUGACUCCAGCGAGUAUGAUAAUCCCAGGAUUAAAGUUUUGCUGUGA